CAGUGCCCAUCAACCAAAACCCAAUUUCAUCAUCAUCAUCGUCAUCAAGCUCAAAGCUUUUUGACUCUUCGAUUAAAGAUCAGCUAUGGGUAUCCAUUUACCAUCGGUGAUUCAACAUGCCAAGCAAGUUCUGAAACUGCAGUCCAAGAGCCAAAGAGAUGUUCCAAAAGGCCAUAUUGCAGUCUACGUCGGAGAAAUCGAGAAGACGAGAUUUGUGGUUCCGAUUUGGUACUUGAACCACCCUUCUUUCCUAGAUUUGCUCAACCGAGCCGAGGAAGAGUUCGGGUUUAAUCAUCCCAUGGGCGGUCUCACCAUUCCCUGCGACGCAGAUGCCUUUGUUCAUCUCACUUCUCGGUUGCAUGCUUGCUUAAAUCCCACAAGACUUUAGCUAGAAACUUAUGGCUUUGGUUUCCAUUGUAGAAAUAUGAAAAUUUGUAAAUGUAGAUACCAGCUCA